AUGUCCAUACACGAAGAAUGGUUUCUCAAGAAAGUGGAAAGUUUCUCAAGGUUAGAAGAAGAUUACUUGUUCCGAUUGCAGCAGCUCGAACAAUCUGUCGAAGAGAAACACAGGAGCAGGUGGCAAUAUUUGAGAGCUGAAUCAGAAGUUGAGGACUUGCAGCAAGCGCUCAGUGAUGCCAAGUUGGCAAUAUUCGAUGAAAGGGAGAAGGUGUUGAAGUUGACAGCAGAGAAUGACAUGCUGAAGCUGCAAGAAAUCAACGAUCGUCAAAGGAUUCAGCAACUCCUUUCUUUGACUCAGCCUGUUGCGGAAGAGAUCACGCUCUUCAAAGAAUCUCUUCCUGCUCAUCUAGUGCACGGAUCGAAGUUCUAUCAGCAAUACGACAAUGACUCGUAUAGUCUAAACUCCUCCGGGAAGCUUAUGAUGCAGAACUCCAUGUCCAGCCUCACGCCAAGCUCGCAAGCUGCUCAAUUCAGAACAGUCUUCCUGCCGUCUCAGAACUCAGAAGUCUUGCUGAUGGAGCUCCAAGCUCUUCGGCUGCAAACUGAGGAGCAGAAGAGAUGUUGGAGAGAGAAAGAGCAAGUCUUGCUGGAGGACAGGCGAAUCAAGAUGGCAGAAACUGCCAUGGCGAGGGAGAGGCAUGCGGCUCAGGUGGAGGAUCUUCAGAAUGCUAUCUUGAAGCUUGAGAAGGAAGUAGCACACGUGACCAAAGAUUACUUCAUUGUACGGCAUUCCUGCGGGAAGGAUGUGCAUGAAGCGAAGAUGCGAGAGGCAGCGACAGAGAAGAAAUUUCAAGAACUUGCCAAUCACUUUGAGAACUUCUCGAGCAAAACCAUCUCAGACAUCGAGAAGACUGCAAACUGUGUGCAUCAGAAGAAUCAAUCUGUGCUCGACGCGUACAAGGCGCAGGCGUUGGAAGCUGAUCAAGAAGUUUUGCGACUCAAAUCGAAGCCUUCCUCCUCACUUUCCUUCAGUUUCUCCGUGAACGAGGACUGGGCGGGUCCGUCGGUCAAGUCGCGUCAACUCCUGGACCAGAAGCUGGGAGGAGUCAACGGCAGCUUCGGCAAGUCAUCCUCCCCGGGCAGGGGGAACGUUAUCCGGACGCCGUUGGGGCAGCGGGAGGACAAGGAGAAGAUGCAGGUGGAGGCGAUGAAGAUUCAUCUAGAGCGAAUCGUGAAGACGCAAAGUUGUAAUCAAUGCGGAGUAAUUUGCAUCAUCGUUGCAUGUUAUGAGCUUUCACAAGGUGAUGCGCACCGGACUCGAGAACAAUCUGUUUGUAUCAUCAUCAUCACCGCCAUCAUCUCCAUCGUCAUCAUCAUCGUCAUCAUUAUCAUCUCCAUCAUUGCCAUCAUCAUCAUCAUCAUCAUCAUCAUUGCCAUCAUCAUCAUCUCCAUCAUCGUCAUCAUCAUCUCCAUCAUUGCCAUCAUCUCCAUCAUCAUCAUCGUCGUCGUCAUCAUCAUCAUCAUGUGA